AUGAUCAACGCCGUCCUGGUUUUCAAUAACAAUGGCCAACCACGUCUGACCAAAUUCUACACACAGCUGCAACGUCUGAUCUCUGAGAUCUUUACUCUCGUCUCGGCCCGACCUUCAUCAUCAUGCAACUUCCUACCACUACCACCUCUUCUCGCUCCGGCGCAGUCCGCUGGGGCAGUAUCGGAUUCUCAUAACGACGUCCCUUCUCUGGUCACCUACCGCCACUACGCGACUCUUUAUUUUAUUGUCAUCAGCACUAGCACCGAGUCGCCUCUGGCUCUGCUUGAUCUAAUCCAAGUCUUCGUCGAGUCACUAGACAGGCUCUUUGAGAACGUUUGUGAACUCGAUCUCAUCUUCAACUUCGAAACGCUACAUGCAGUACUGGGCGAAAUGAUUGUUGGUGGCGUAGUAAUUGAGACAGGCUUGGACAAAGUGGUACAAGGCGUGAAAGCACAAGGAAAGGUCGCUAAGCGGCCUGUCAAUGAAGGCAGUCGUACUGGUGGUCUUGGACCUGGUAUCUGGGCGGGCAGAUGA